GGUUUAUUCUGACUUGGGGAAGUGACGGUGACUUUCUCUCGGUUUCUGCCAGGACCUGGUGCUUGGAGGGGGCGGGGCCAAGAUGGCGCCGAGCGCCGGGUGAGCGGCGCUUUGGCAGCGGGUCUCCAUCUCUCCACCCUGGGGCUACAUCCUUCCGGGGUGGGAAGGAGGUGCUCCAGCAUGGCUGAGGAGAAGAAGCUGAAGCUCAGCAAUACUGUGCUGCCUUCAGAGUCGAUGAAGGUUGUGGCUGAAUCCAUGGGCAUUGCUCAGAUUCAGGAGGAGACCUGCCAGCUACUAACAGAUGAGGUCAGCUACCGUAUCAAGGAGAUUGCACAGGAUGCCUUGAAGUUCAUGCACAUGGGGAAGCGGCAGAAGCUCACCACCAGUGAUAUUGACUACGCGCUGAAGCUAAAGAAUGUUGAGCCACUCUACGGCUUCCAUGCUCAGGAAUUUAUUCCUUUUCGUUUUGCCUCUGGUGGGGGUCGGGAGCUUUACUUCUACGAGGAGAAGGAGGUUGAUCUGAGUGACAUCAUCAAUACCCCUCUGCCUCGGGUGCCCCUGGAUGUCUGCCUGAAAGCUCAUUGGCUGAGUAUUGAAGGCUGCCAGCCAGCUAUACCAGAGAAUCCACCUCCAGCUCCCAAAGAGCAGCAGAAGGCCGAAGCCACAGAACCCCUGAAGUCAGCAAAACCAGGCCAGGAGGAAGAUGGACCACUGAAAGGCAAAGGUCAAGGGGCUGCCCCAGCUGAUGGCAAAGGGAAAGAGAAGAAGGCACCUCCCUUGCUGGAGGGGGCCCCUCUGCGCUUGAAGCCCCGCAGCAUCCAUGAGCUGUCUGUGGAGCAGCAGCUGUACUACAAGGAGAUCACUGAGGCCUGCGUGGGGUCGUGUGAGGCCAAGAGAGCGGAAGCUCUGCAGAGCAUUGCCACGGACCCAGGGCUCUAUCAGAUGCUGCCACGGUUCAGUACCUUCAUCUCUGAGGGGGUCCGUGUGAAUGUGGUUCAGAACAACCUGGCCCUGCUUAUCUACCUGAUGCGCAUGGUGAAGGCGCUAAUGGACAACCCUACACUCUACCUAGAAAAAUAUGUGCAUGAACUUAUUCCAGCCGUGAUGACCUGCAUCGUGAGCAGACAGUUGUGCCUGCGACCUGAUGUGGACAAUCACUGGGCACUCCGGGACUUUGCUGCCCGCCUGGUGGCCCAGAUAUGCAAGCAUUUCAGCACAACCACUAACAAUAUUCAGUCCCGGAUUACUAAGACCUUCACCAAGAGCUGGGUGGAUGAGAAGACUCCCUGGACAACUCGUUACGGCUCCAUUGCAGGCCUGGCAGAGCUGGGACAUGAUGUGAUUAAGACUCUGAUCCUGCCACGGCUGCAGCAGGAAGGGGAGCGAAUCCGCAGCGUGCUGGACGGCCCUGUGCUGAGCAACAUUGACCGCAUCGGAGCUGAUCACGUGCAGAGCCUUCUCCUGAAACACUGUGCCCCUGUACUGGCUAAGCUGCACCCGCCACCUGACAAUCAGGAUGCCUAUCGGGCAGAAUUUGGGUCCCUUGGGCCCCUCCUCUGCUCCCAUGUGGUCAAGGCCCGGGCCCAGGCUGCUCUACAGGCACAGCAGGUCAACAGGACCACACUGACCAUCACACAGCCCCGACCCACGCUGACCCUCUCACAGGCCCCUCAGCCUGGCCCUCGGACCCCUGGCUUACUGAAGGUCCCUGGCUCCAUCGCACUGCCCGUCCAGACGCUGGUGUCUGCUCGAGCUGCUGCCCCACCUCAGCCUUCUCCUCCUCCAACCAAGUUUAUCGUAAUGUCCUCAUCCUCCAGUGCCUCAUCCACCCAGCAGGUCCUGUCCCUCAGCACCUCAGCCCCUGGCUCAGGCUCCACCACUACCUCUCCAGUCACCACCACAGUCCCCAGUGUGCAGCCCAUUGUCAAGCUGGUCUCCACUGCUACCACCACACCUCCUAGCACCGCCCCCACCGGCCCUGGCAGCGUCCAGAAGUACAUUGUCGUCUCGCUCCCCCCAGCAGGGGAGGGCAAAGGAGGCCCCCCAUCCCAUCCCUCUCCAGUUCCUCCCUCAUCAUCUUCCCCCUCCCCACUCGGGGGCAGUGCCCUCUGUGGAGGGAAACAGGAAACUGGGGACAGCCCCCCCCCAGCUCCAGGGACUCCAAAGGCUAAUGGCUCCCAGCCCCCUGGAUCAGGCUCCCCUCAGCCUGUUCCCUGACAAUGUCAUCGUCCAUCUGUUGGCUGCCUCCUCCGCGGAUUCCUACACAUGCACACACGCAUGCCGGUUGGAAGAAGUAGUAGGCUGCUUCUCCCACAUGACUUUCUUUUUAGAUACUGUACAGUCAGUUCCUCAGAAUAAAAGUUUGAUUUGUAA